AUGAGUCGGCUGUUGCAGAAGGCUCCAUUAACAUCGGUGUUUCAAAGCUUGGUUGGAGCUCAUGGACGUUCCAGUAGCCGAGUGUUUGGGAUACUUCAGAACUAUGUGGGAGUGUCAUCUUGUAGAAAAUCUGUUUGUGGAUUUAGAGCUCUUUGCACUGACAAAGAUUUGUCAAUAAAGAAGUGUGUCCCUUGCGACUCAAAGGAUCUGCGACCCAUGACUGAACAAGCAGCAAGUGAUUUAAUCACAAAGGUGGAUGGAUGGAAUUUGGUGAGUGAAGGUGAUGCAUUGAGACUGAAAAAGUCAUGGAAAGUUAAGACCUUCACAAAAGGACUGGAAAUGUUUAAGCUCAUAGCUGAUGUUGCAGAAGCAGAAGGUCAUCAUCCAGACCUUCAUCUUGUUGGAUGGAACAAUGUAACAGUAGAGAUAUGGACGCAUGCAGUCGGCGGAUUGACCGAGAACGACUUCAUUCUUGCUGCUAAGAUCAAUGCACUCAACAUGCAACAUCUGUUGAGGCGGAAAGCUACCAAUUGA